UUCAAAUAGUCGCAUUUCGAAGUGUGUGUGACUUAUUAGUUAAAUGGAUGGUAGAGAGAUGGCUGUGUGCUAAUUUUUUUCUGUUUCUGUUUCGUGUGUGUGUUUUACGGCUUAACAUCCAUUCAUUCAUUUCAUAUUUCGGUUUUUGUUUUGCUCUCAGAAGAAAAGGCGGAAGAGUUAGUUACUUACGCCACCCAAAGAAAAAACCAACCGCCUUCCUCCUCCUCCUCCGUCGUUGUCACUGCGGCAGCGGAAAUGGAACUCAUACAAAAUCCAGUCAACCUCUUUAACAACUAAUACAUAAAACUCCGGCAGCGGAAAUGGCGUACAGGAGAAGGCAGGGGAUAACAAGGUCGUCAACCUUCAAAGAAGAGAUCAUUCAUCGCCCGCCGGACAACAGUUCUUCACCGAACUCAUCUUCCCCUCUGCAGUCUUCAUCGUCCUUCUCCGGUUCUUCGUCUCUCGCGGCUCAGGCGAUCCGUGCUUCUGCGCUUUCCGUUGAACGCAAAAACCGAUCCCAGGACUUCUCUGCCUAUGACGACGCAUCCGCAAAAUCUGGGUUUUGGGGGGUUCUGGCUAGGAAAGCGAAGGCCAUUCUCGAAGAGGAUGGUGAAUUCCCACAAGAUGAUGCGGCUGGAGGACUCGUAUCGCAGCCCUCUAUUGCCUCCGGUGGCACUCAGCUCCAACAACAACCAUAUUAUCAGUCAUAUGACAACUCUAGAAGAACGGAAAAUCCUGCACUCCGAAAGGGCUUGGAUAGAAUCACAACUUCCCUUAAUCAGCUCGGGGACACGUUUGAGAAAGCUUUCGAGGAAGGUCGAACGAUAGUGGAGAAUAAGACAGCCGACAUCAAAAUGCAAAUUAAACGAAGGGGAGACAAUCCUGAUGCGCAUGAUCAAGCUUCUUAUUAUGGGAACCAGAACAGUUCACCGUUGCAGCCUAAGAACCACGAUACUCAACUCAAGGCAUCACGCGACGUUGCAAUGGCAACGGCUGCCAAAGCAAAAUUACUUCUUCGGGAGCUGAAAACCGUUAAGGCAGAUCUGGCUUUUGCGAAGGAACGAUGUUCUCAACUAGAAGAAGAAAAUAAACGCCUUCGCGAGAAUCGUGACAAGGGAAACCACAGAGCAGAUGAUGACUUGAUCCGCCUUCAACUGGAGACACUUCUGGCAGAGAAGGCUCGAUUAGCGAACGAGAAUUCAGUUUAUGCACGCGAGAAUCGGUUCCUUAGGGAAAUUGUUGAAUACCACCAGCUGACAAUGCAGGAUGUUGUGUAUAUGGAUGAUGAAGAAGUCACAGAAGUUAACCCCUUAACCAGCCCCACCGGCGUCUCCAGGAUGCUCUCCAUUUCCCCGCCUUCAUCAGCACCCCCAUCCCCGCCUCCAGAGGACUCUUCAUCUGCAACCUCACCAGUUACUAAAGAAAUAUCUCCUAUCCUCACCAAGCCACAAGAAAAUAAAGACGUUUUUGCGAAUGAGGCCAUGCCAAGCUUCGAUACCUUAGUUCCCAAGCAAGAACAUGCUAAAACACCUUCUUCAGCAGGAGCUGCUACCAAAACACAUUCUUCAACAGCAGAAGCCGCAACUAAAACACUCUCCGUAGCAGCAGAAGAUUCUAAAAGACCUCCUGCUUCUGCUUAAGCAUUCACUUUUCGUUUUCGUUAAAGAUUAAAGAUUAGUUUAGCAUUUUUUUUAAUUUUUUCCCCUUCCUUUUCCUCUUGGAGAGAGGGGGAGAGGAAGGAUAAAGGCGGGAGGGGUCAUUCUUCUUCCGCCUGCAAUUUUAUUAAUCCGUGGAUGUAAUAUUUUGUUAAUUUCUUUGAGGUUGGGUUUAUUUCUAGUACCCUGUUGGCCUCUUCGCACAAGAUCAAAAGUUGUUUUCCACGUCCUUCA